UCCACUCGGGCUUCUUUGCUAACGGACAAGUUAGAGGAGACUAAACAUGGAGACCUCGGGCUCUGGGACUGGGGAGUCUUCUACUUUAGAGGCUUCAGGGUCCCCGGAAGAUCGGCUCUUCCUGGUGAAAGGUGGAAUUUUCCUUGGUUCUGCAGCAGCAGCAGGAAUGCUAGCCGGAUUUCUUACAACAUUAUCAUUAGCUAAAAAGAAAAGCCCUGAAUGGUUCAAUAAGGGCACUAUGGCCACAGCUGCCUUGCCAGAGAGUGGAUCUUCCCUUGCCCUGCGGGCCCUGGGCUGGGGCUCUCUUUAUGCCUGGUGUGGGGUUGGUGUGAUCAGCUUUGCAGUCUGGAAAGCUUUAGGAGUCCACAGUAUGAAGGACUUUCGAAGUAAGAUGCAAUCCAUAUUUCCACCAAUUCCCAAAAACCCCGAGUCAGCUGUUGAGUGGGAGGAAGCCCUGGGAUCAAAAUGAUGGGCGUGGGCGACUCCAGGACCGCUGCAGGAGGGGCAGCAUUGGAAGCUCUGCAUCUGAGAAAGGACUGGCUGACUCCCCUCCAGCAACACGUGCAGGUGGCGGCGAACCCGCUGGUCGCAGCAUCUCUGGGUCUGUGGCACAAGGAGGGAAUGUUUUCCUAAAGCUAAAGGGACUAUUUAAUUCCCUAAAAAUUCUCCUUGAAGAAGGAUCCCAGAGGAAAUAUUUCUGUUUAGAACAAUAAACCGUGUUUUACACACACACACACACACACACUAAGAUAGAAAAAUCGUGUGAGGGCUGGAGAGAUCUCCAGAGUACACGCUGCUCUUGCAGAGGACCCCCGUUCAUUUCCCAACACCCCAUGUGGUUCCUCACCUGCAGCUCCAAGGGAUCUGAUGUCAUUUCUGGAUUCUGUGGACACCUGCACUCACAUGUGUAUGGAACCAAAAACAAUGCACAAUUAAAAACCAAUCUUUUUCAAGAACUCAGCAGGUUAUAUGUAUGCUGUGCACCUAUGUUUGUUUGUAUAAAAUAGCAAAGAGGAGGUCAUGAAUUUGAAAGGAAGAGUGGACACCAAGGUUGGAAAGGGGGUUGUAAAUGCUGUAAGUACAGUGUCCACACAUGAAAUUUUCAAGCUAUAAUUUUAGUAGGAAAAUGUUGAUAAGCAGACUCCUAACAGCAUGCAUACCUCAGUGUGUCUAAACAAAUUUUAAGGGCCUAUCUUAACGCUAAGACUAAGAAUUUGGAAGGUAUGUUUCUAUUGGCCAGUCUGCAAAGUGGUGAACCAAGCACUGGAAAUGGGAGCAGCCUGUCCUGAACACAGUCUGGUUGGAAGCUAGUACUCAUGUGCCAAGGCCCUCCCUUGAAGAACUUGUAGAUUCUUACACACAGGACAAAAGCCAGCAGCAGAUGACAGUGACUCAGAAAGGAACACUGUGUUGAAAUGGUAAUGGUGAUAUCAUGGCAAUAAAGUGUACUUUGCAGAGAAA